UCAAAAUGUAGUCGGCGCGCAGUUGGCUAGUGACGGCGGAUGUCAUCAUCCUCUACCGAAGUCAACGAGGCCGAAGAAGUGAGGCAAACUAGCUAGCUAACAGCUAGCGAGGAGGCAGAUUCUCUGCGAGGCUACCAAGCAAGCUUGUUGUCACAUUCAACGGGUCAUUCUAGAAAUACGCAUUGGCUAACCCAAGGGCAGACAGAGACGUCGAACCUGGAGGCAAACUAGCUGGCCUAAUGAUGCUAACACCGUUCGAACAAGUUAGCUAAGCUACUAUAGCCCAGUCUGGGGUUGUGUGUGGCCCGUGCGUGGUCAAAGCGGUGGUCGUGAAGCUUUGCAGGUAUGGCCCAGAUUUGAUUUGUAAGGUACUGGAGAUGGCAGAAGGCAUUGACAAAGGCGAAAUGCCCUCCUUUGAGCUCGUUCCAAGUUCUGAAGCAAAAAAGAGACCCAAUUCAUCAGAUGGCAGAGAAGAACCCAUGAGGAAAAUGCCUGUAUCCAAAUUUGCCUCCAGACCCAGGUUUGAGCCUGUACACUUUGUCAGUGGUGGUAGCAGUGGAGGAUCUUGCAAUGAUGAGAAGGAAAAUGAUAAGGAGCGCAGGAGGGGUGACACAUACAGCAGCACUAGGCAGCGGGAGUUGGACCACUCUUCUUACAGCAGCAGUCGGGCUCAGAGCUCCUCAACAGUUAGACCUGCAUUUGACAGGGUUUCAUCAUAUGGCUUUGACUCUUGGGCAGACCACAGGGAUAGAAACAGAGACCUACCGACGGGUAGUUCAAGCAGUUUUGGAGGUUAUGGUAGCCGGGGAUCCACCUCAAACUACAUGACAAAAACUCAGCAGGACUACUCGGCUAGAUAUGAGGCCCACAACGCUCGACACUCAGAUUCAUACUCUCAGGCCCACAGAUCGGAUGGAUAUGGAGGGGGAAGUCGGUCGGGGGCCUGGGAUUCAGGACGUCAAGGCAUAGGCUUUGGGCACCAGGACAGACCGUCCUCCAGUAGGGCAUUCAGCAGGGUCUACAGCAGCCCAGGAACAAGCAGUCCUACACCUUCCUCUGUCACUGGUUGUUCGCAGCCCCUCGCUAUAUCCCAAGCUACUUUGGACGAGAAGCAAAGGUUGAUUUCAGGAGUGGCAGCCUCUGUGGUUGUCACUUCUCGAGACCCCGCGUUCGUGAGCGGAUCUGAUGCUCCCAACUACAACUUCAUCCUGAGUCGUAGUAUCCAGGCUUGUAAGACUAAUCCAGAGUACAUCUAUGUCAACCUCAAGGAUAUCCCUCCAGGAGACCUCCCAAAGAACAGGAAAGUACCAUCUGAUGGCUAUGCCUGUGAGUUGAGAUGCCAGUGUGUUUACCUUGCUACUGGAUACUCUGGCAGUAAAAAUGGAGCCAGGGACCGUGCGUCAGAGCAGGCAGUCAAGCUCUUUCUAAAACCAGUGGAGGUGCGUGUUGUGCAGCGCAAGUAUCGACAUUCUUUGGUCAGUGAUAUAGUGGUGUGUCAGAUGCACUGUCCUACACCAGCCUUUCUACCAGCUCUCCGUAAUCCAGAAGAUAAACCGACUCCUAGCUCCAAGGGGCAGUAUGAGCCUGACAAACGCAAGCACUGGACCGAGUUUGUAAUCGUUGACAAUGCUCAUGACGCCAUCUGCAUUCUCAACAACUCUGCUGCCUUCAAUCGUAUGAAAAUCGACUACAAGUUUGACCUAGUGCCUAAUAGCAGUGCCUGGCAAUGCAGUGUGUACCUGCAGGAUGAGCUGGUGGCACAGGCGCGAGGCAGCAAGAAGACUUCCAAGCAUACAGCCGCCGAAGAGGCUCUGAGGAAGCUUCGUAUGAACCAGGCAGCAAGGCAGCAGCAGCAGCAACAACAACAACAACAACAAUCUUCUCGUGGAAAUCACUCUGACCCCCAGGGUGGUCGUUUUGGUCAGCAUGGUGGUAGAAAGAAACACCUGAGUGAGCUAGUUAUCCUAGAGAAUUCUGAUAAUGCCAUCUGUAUCAUCAAUGAUACAGCCCAAUUUAAUAAGGUAGCUGCUGAUUACAAGUUCACUGUGCUCCCAGACCAUCGCUGGAGAUGUGAAGUGUAUCUAGAAGGCCAGUAUGUAGCUGCAGGUAUAGGACCUAAGAAGACGGUUAAGCACAUUGCAGCAGAGCAAGCGCUGGCCACACUGAGACAGACACAGGCUGUGGUGAAAUCUAACCUCAGGAAGGAGGGUCAUGCUGACGCCAUUUCCCGUAACCAAAUCCUGGCCCGUGCUGGAGAGGAGUCCAUGAGACAGGAGAUCAAGGAGGACAACAUUGGGAAUCAGCUACUCCGCAAGAUGGGCUGGAAGGGUGGCGGAUUGGGUCGCGAAGGGGAGGGCAUUGCAGAGCCAAUUAAAGUCAAGGAGCAGUUUUCUAGAGAAGGGCUGGGUAUGGACAUGGACAAACCUGGACAUCAGCUCGGCAAGCGGGAUAUUGAGGAUAUCAUCCGUAAUUAUGUCAGCUCAGAUCGCCAGGAUGACCUACGCUUCUCAACAGAGCUCAAUAAUGAUGAACGAAAGCAAAUUCACCAGAUAUCUCAGAAGUAUGGACUACGGAGCAAGUCGUAUGGACAGGGCAGGCAACGCUUUCUCAUUGUUAGCCGCAAAGUGCACAAAGACCAGCUGAUUGGCCAGUUGCUGCAGGAAGGGCAGGUGGGACGAUAUGAACUGGUGAAACCUCAGGCCUCUCACUGACUGGAUAUGGAGUUCCAACAAACUACACAUAAUUACUACAACCGAACAAAUGAUACAGUUCAUCAUGUGUUUAUACUUUUGUUGGUUUGAAAUUGUUCAAAUAUAUCAAUCGUAGAGAGGGGAACAAAUCUGGUUUCUGCAUUCCUUUUCCUGAAUGAAUUGCUCAAGCAUUGUUAGCUUCAGCGGGGGCUUUUUAAUACAAGUACAUAUUUUCCAGGUGUCUUUGUUUUACCUGCUCUCAUGCCAUUCCACAACUGUAUCCUCUGUCUAAUGUACAUUAACACAGCUUGACUGAAAGUGCAUUUUGCAGGCUUCAUUAGAAGUGUAAUAAAUUGAACAAGAACCAUCUUAAGACCCACAAUAGUAUAUUUUUAUGGCAAAAAAAAGAAUCCAUCCAGUUUUUACUGUUCCACUGGUAAAUAGUUAGCUUGAACAUUGUUUUUAGAUCACUUCAGAGGAAUGGACAAUGUGAGGGGUUAACUUUUGAAACUAUUUGCUCACAUCACACAGUAGUCUAUAAUACCCAGAACCAUUCACAAUACUUGCACAGAGAAAAUAUUUUCAAGAUCAUUUUUUAAAUUUUAUUUUACGUGGGGGGUGGGGGUGGUAUAACCCUUCAAAUUCAAGUGGGCUCCUUGGAUAUUAAAGAUCUCCUGGACAUUGAAACUGGGCAAGCUGUGAUCUAUGACAGUAUGUGAAAUGACACUUGUAUUGGUCUUUGUGGAUACGGUUAACUUCUCUGCUUGUUUUCACAGCUGUAGUAACUGAAUAAAGUAAGCCUGAUAAUCGUUAACUGGCUCAACUUGAAGAUGUGACUUCUAUCAGGGGUUUAUCAUUGUACCAGUGUUUAUGUAGUGUAUUAAAAUACUUCUGUGGUGGAGCGGAAUCUUCUUGCAUCCCCUUUUUAAAUCGUGUACACAACUUUUUCCCUGAAUAAACUAGGCUACUUUUGAUGUAUAUUUUA